CACACUCCUAUGACGCCGGCGUCAUCUGCUCAGAUUCGUUUCAGAAACCCACAAUUUCCCUGAAGCCAGAUUCUCGGAUGUUUGUGAGAGGAGAAAGCGCUGAGAUCUCGUGUUCUGGGAAUUAUCCUGGCAGCAAAUUCACCUUCUACAGAGACGGCAAGAUUGUCAAAUCAGAACCAGCGCCAAAGUUUCAUAACAUGGCCACAUUCACCCCAUCGGAGGUCAGCGCAGGACAUUACUGGUGUGAAUAUACUGAAUCAAUGGACGGACGAGAGCGCACAUCGCCAGAGAGCGAACGCGUGGGAAUCUCUGUAUUGGAUCCGCUCCAGAAAGCCACCAUUUCCGUGAAGCCAGAUUUCCCGGUGUUUGUGAGAGGGGAAAGCGCUGAGAUCUCAUGUGCUGGGAAUUAUCCCGGCAGCGAUUUUGCUUUAUACCGGGACGGCGAGUUUAUCACAUCACAACCAGAUCUAGAGAACAACCACACAUUCACCCCAUCGGAGGUCAGGGCAGGAAAUUACUCGUGUAAUUAUGAAAAAUACGUAGACGGCCGAGAGUUCAUAUCACCAGUGAGCGACCGAGUGGCAAUCUCUGUGUGGGGUAAGAGCUGA